AUGGCCAAUUUGUACACUGAGCGGUAUUUGCAAAAAGGUGCAUACAGACAAACGCCAGAAACUGGAAUUCAAUGGGUGAUGAGGUUGAUGGAUCGUCCAAGGUAUUUUUAUAAGAUGUUUCGGAUGAGCCCUGAGAUUUUUCAUGCACUUCAUGACUUGCUAGUCUCUACCUACGGAUUGAGCUCGAGCAACAAUGUUUCAUCCAUUGAGUCAUUGACGAUGUUUUUGUGGAUCGUCGGAGGGCCACAAUCAUUUUCACAAGUUGAAAGUCGUUUCACACGGUCACUUUGGAUGGUUCACACCAAGUUUCAUGAAGUGUUGAAGUGUUUGCGCAAGUUAGCUAAAGACAAUAUUACUCCUAGAGAUCCUACUUUUUCUACGGAGCAUGGAAGGUUGAGAGAGGAUCGAUUUUGGCCAUACUUUAAAGAUGCGAUUGGAGCAAUAGAUGGUUCUGCACAUGACUCGCGCAUCCUCAGUCAUGCAUUGGCUAAUUUUCCUUCAUUUCCCAUGCCUCCUACAGGUUAUCCAAACCGAAUAGGGUAUCCUGCACCUUUCAAAGGAACCACAUACCAUAUACCAGAAUUUCGGCAUCGUUCGGGACCUCCUCAAGGAAAGUAUGAGGUGUUCAAUUUCUUGCAUUCCUCCCUUCGAAAUGUUAUUGAAAGGUCUUUUGGAGUCUUGAAGCAAAAGUGGCGUAUUUUGAAGGGCAUCCCAAGUUUCUCACCUACUACUCAGAAGCAUAUCAUCAUGGCUUGUCUUGCUAUGCAUAACUUCGUCCGUGAUAGCAAUUUACGUGAUAAGGAGUUUGAGAGAUGUGAUGCUCAUGAGGACUACUUAAUAGAAGAUACAAGUGACACGUCAGACGAUGAGAGUGAAGAUGCAGAGAAUGAUGAUACCAUGAAUACUAUUCGUACUAGGAUAGCUGAUGCUUUGAUUAGUGCAAGAGGAGGAUAG